GUAUGUAUGUAUGUAUGUAGGGCUGCAACAAACGAUUAUUUGGAUAAUCGAUUAAUCGGAUGGGGUCUCGACACGAUUAAUCGAUUAAUCGGAUUACAUAGGGACAUUUUUAAAAACUGCUAGGGAAACGUUAUUUUUCUCCUUCCCUCACUUUAUUAAACACAACAUUAUUAGAAAACAGUUCAAUAGCAGAAAAACAACAUGCCAUCACCUAAAUUGUCUUAUAAGGUGUAUAGACAGAGACCCUAAGCUACACCUAUCUGUGACCUAAAAUGCUUGGUCCAAGUUAAACAGCUUAAAGAGCAAGUCAACCCCUACCAGAGUCCAACUCCACUCCCGCUUCAUGUUUGAAAAAUGCAACACAUGCUGUUGCCUGGCAGACCGAGAGGGCGGAGCCGCUAACAAAUACACACACACUCAGGCUCACAACAGCAUUGUGACAUCAUAAUGUACCAGUUUACAUCAUAGCAUACUUCUUAGCCAAUAGCGGUGGCAGAUUUAAAUUAAAAUACAGUGCAGAGUUUUUACCUGACAACGGCACAACACUGCCAGUUUUAGGCACAAUAUUUAAAUUUUAACUAAGAUGCACUGAAGUGCCAAAUUAUUGACGACACGUGUCUGCAGCACGAUUAGACACUCGUUUAUUUAGUCUAUCAGCAAAAAAAAGUAUUUGGGGGUGACUUGCUCUUUAAGGGCAAUUCUCAUCUGUUUUGUUUGAUCUCAUCUGUAGACAUUUAUUAUAAUUGGGGAUGUCAAACAACUAAUUUUUAAAUGUAAUUAAACAUAGGCUGUGAAUUAAUCAAAAUUAAUCACUAUUUCCAAAAAUGACAGAAAAAUACCAAAUAAAACAAAAGUAAAUGAAUGCCAUCCUCCUUGUGAUGAUGCCCUGGGCAACUGCCAUAAAGUCACAUCAAGAAAUGCUGCUGAUCAUUCCAAUGAUCUCAAAUAGACUCACAUUAGGCCACAUGAAAGAAACUGAACCCAAAAAUAUAUUAACCAGUAUAUAACUGCACUCUCACAACACGCCUGCAGCAACAGUUAGGACUCCUCCCUCCCUUUUAAAAGCGUUUUCGCUUCUGAGGACAUUGUGGUUGUAAAGCCACAAGUUAGUAGUCUGGCCCCGGUGUGAUCAACCAGUUUCUGCGGGAAUGUGACGGCGGAACCGGUUCGCAGCGGCGCGAGUCCCCCCCCCCCCCCCCCCCCCGCAUAAUAGCGUCGCGCUUACAAUUUUAAAGACUUUUUUUUACGAGCUUAGGGCAUGUCUAGCCUGUGUAAUAAUCCGGAGCUUGGGUGAAUCACUUUUGAAAAGUUUUUAGCUUACCCGGACACCGAGCUCUCUCCUUCCUCGCUGAUGAUUCUGACAUGCUUGCGUUUAAGACGCUGCAUCAUCACCGUAGUAUCACCAUGCCAUGCUAAGUCUGACCUACAAACGUUGCAUGUCUUCGCCUGAUUUAACUGAAAAUGCUCCCAAACUUUAGAAGUUUUUACUUUUUGGGGGUCUCGCUGCUUCUGCCAUGUUCCUCUUACAAACACCUGCUGGCUCUCCACCGGUCUGCGCGCAACGGCGGGCGGGAGGGGAGGGGGCUUUUGGAAGAGUUGCGCAACACAACGAAUCAAUGACGCAAUUCGUUGCCAACGCUUUUAGUAAUCGAUUUUCAUCGAAUUUAUCGAUUCGUUGUUGCAGCCCUAUAUGUAUGUAUAAGUGUAUAUAUAUAUAUGUUGGCGGAGUCCAACCCUCAUCGGGAACAGGUCCAACUGCCCUCACGAGGGACGAGCAAAAUAUCAAACACGCCAGAAGUCCGUGCGAGCUCACGAUUACUGAUCAGUAGCUGGUCACGUGGUGUUAAUCGCCUCUCGUAACCCCCCUGUAUACUACACGACGCUCAGCGCAAAACUCGCCCCGAACUUGUGGAUUCUCGCACAAGUGGAAAAUCGGCUCAAAAAAAGUCAAAAAGUCGCACAGUGUACGCUCGGCUUUAGACAUCUCAUGGGGCUUAAGGGAGAUGUACAGUUGGAUGUCAUCUGCAUAAAGAUAGUAGGAGAUUCCUUUGAAGGAGCUCAGGAUGUGCUGAAGAGGAAGCAGAUAGAGGAUGAAGAGCAGAGGCCCCAGCACAGAACCUUGUGGGAUUCCAUAAGUAAGGGAGGUGGUGGAGGACCUAAACUUGGAGACGGCCACAGAAAAGGAGCGGUCAGAAAGAUAAGAGGAGAACCACUCCAGAGCAGAUCCUGACUAGGUGACAGGAGGACAUGCGCUGAAGUAGGGGUGGGACUAUAGGCUAGACUGUCCAAAUUCACAGCUGUUAACAUCCGGUUCAACCGGUCACGGGAGAACGCGUUCUCCUCAUCGACAUAAAUAUAUGGACAAUGGGUUUCCAUAGCCUCCAAUAACAAGUUUUUCUGCUAAAAUGGGAGGUGGCCACCACCGCCAUUUUGACCGUCACAGGUUCCGUCAAGCCCAGAUAAUUCCAUAAAAGGGAAGAGAGGAGGAGCUGAGGGUGGGGCUGUAAGGCUGGGAUCAACUGACGACACCCGGCCGAACUAGCUACAAGCUAACCUGAAGCUAACCCAAAGCUAAUGUGGAGGUGGGAGCUAAGCUAACGGAGGUAGCAACCUAGCUACAACCGGAGUUAACUGUGCACAACACCAGAGCUUCUGAGUCAGAGAUAUGCCGAGCUGACCGCUGGGUAAAACCGGGUGGAACACAGAGGUCUCAGAGUCUCGGAGACCUCCACAAGCCGGCAGCCGCACAGCAGACAAGCGCCGUUGCGAUCUGAGAUGCGCAGAGCUGCCGCAGAGGAGAACCGGGUGGAAAGGUUUCCAUCCCAGAGCUCCACAAGCCGUCAGCCCGCGCAGCACACAGAAGCUGCGAUCAGACAGAGAUGCGCCGAGCUGCAGGGAGAAGUGGCGUAUUUUGGCGGUUCUGGCUUGCCAUAAGAACCAGCCGUCAGCCCGUGCAGCUAACAGAAGCCGCGAUCAGACAGAUGCGCCGAGCUGCUGGGAGAACCAGCCGUCAGCCCGCGCAGCUAACAGAAGCCGCAAUCAGACAGAUGCGCUGAGCUGCUGGGAGAACCAGCCGUCAGCCCGUGCGCAGCAAAUAGAAGCCGCGAUCAGACAGAGAUGGACCGGGCUGUGGGGAGGGGAUAAGGGUGGAAAACAUCGGUCUCCCGAGAGCUCCACAAGCCAAUAGUCUGAACCCAGCUCCACCAACAUGUUAUAUUUCAACCCAUUUUCUAAAGUGCAGCAUUAUGUUAAAUGCACUGGGGUUUACCCUAUUACAUUUAAAUUUCAUGGUUAAACAGUACAUGUUAAAAUCUAAGCUCAGCUCGGCAGUGACCUAAAAUACAUAAAUGUAAUUUUACUUACCAAAAAAAAUGAAGUGGAGACUCCUUGGACGCUCUAUUAGUGCAAUUAAUGCCACAUAAAGUCAUUUUGUCCAACAAUUGCACAAAACAUAUCCAAACAAGAAUACACACACAGAGAGACUCAAAAUCCCGGAGCAGUUUCCAAGCCAGGCCGAGGAUCUACUGAGGCCUUUCCACGGAGCUAGCUUUGUGGUCAAGUGGGUCGGAUGCUCAUUAAUUAUACAGAAUUUUAGGCUUUUAAUACACUUAAACAGAAGAAUGAGAAAAAAAAUUCACCCCCCUCAGAGUUGUCAUGAGUGUAAACUAGAUUAUUUAAACCAAAAACAUGUUUUGGUACCAGGCUGUAAACAUGUUUAUUUCUGCUGUGAAAUUGAUAUUUUUAACAUGGGAGUCGAUGAGGAUUUGCUUGUUUCUGACACCAGCCCCCAGCGGAUGAGGGUGGAACUGCAAUUUAUUUCACUUCCGGGUUUGACUCAAUGUCAGAGCUGCAUUGUGGGGGCCUGGUUCUCCUGAGACCAAUGAGGAUGGGUCCUCAUCAGCAUACAACCCCUGAAUUUGGACAUUGCCACCAUCACCAAGACACUCUCCUUGAUGUAAAAAUUAAAAGAAAAAGCCUCCCUGUGGGUGGGACAUGGGCCAAAACGGGCAUGGCCAUGAAUGCAGACUCAGUGUGACAUAGAUAUGUGAGGAUUUUCUAAUCCUAGCAUUUCACUGUCUAUUUUCUCGUCGUCUUCCUCCGCUUGUCCGGGUCCGGGUCGUUGGGGUAGCAUCCCAACUAGGGAGCUCCAGACCGUCCUCUCCCCAGCCACCUCCACCAGUUCCUCCGGCAGGACCCCAAGGCGUUCCCGGACCAGAUUGGAGAUGUAACCUCUCCAACGUGUCCUGGAUGGACCCGGGGGCCUCCUGCCGGCAGGACAUGCCCGAAAUACCUCCCAGGGAGGCGUCCAGGAGGCAUUCUGACCAGAUGCCCAAACCACCUCAACUGACUCCGUUCGAUCCGGAGGAGCAGCGGUUCUACUCCGAGUCCCUCCCGAAUGUCCAAGCUCCUCACCCUAUCUCUAAGGCUGAGCCUGGCUACCCUACGGAGGAAACUUAUUUCGGCUGCUUGUAUUCGCGAUCUCGUUUUUUCGGUCAUUACCCAAAGCUCAUCACCAUAGGUGAGGAUUGGGACGUAGAUCGACCGGUAAAUCGAGAGCCUGGCUUUCUGGCUCAGCUCCCUCUUCACCACGACAGAUCAGCUCAGCGUCCGUAUCACUGCAGAUGCCGAACCAAUCCACCUGUUGAUCUCCCGAUCCCUCCUACCCUCACUCGUGAACAAGACCCCGAGAUACUUACACUCCUCCACUUGAGGGAGGACCUCUCUCCCGACCCGGAGUUGGCAAGCCACCCUUUUCCGGUCGAGAACCAUGGUCUCAUUCCAUCUUUUAGUUCUUUUUAAAACAUAGAAAGGUUUUAUUUACCUGCAACAUUUUGUUUGCGGCUGCAAACUUCGUCAGGCUGACCAUGGUCUCAGAUUUGGAGGUGCUGAUCCUCAUCCCAGCCGCUUCACACUCGGCCGCGAACGUACCCAGCAAGAGCUGACGGUCAGAGCUGGAUGAAGCUUGGAGGACCACAUAAUCCGCAAAAAGCAGACAUGAGAUUCUCCUGCCACCAAACUCGACACACUCCACACCACGGCUGCGCCUACAAAUUCUGUCCAUAAAGGUUAUGAACAGAACCAGUGACAAAGAGCAGCCCUGGCGGAGUCCAACCCUCAUCGGGAACAGGUCCGACUUACUACUGGCUAUGCGGACUAAACUCACGCUCCUCUGGUAAAGGGACUGAAUGGCCCUCAACAAAAGGCGACCCACCCCAUACUCCUGGAACAUCCCCCACAGGGUGCCCCUGGGGACACGGUCAUAAGCAUUCUCCAAAUCCACAAAACACAUGUGGAUUGGCUGGGCAAACUCCCAUGCCCCCUCCAUCACCCUUGCAAUGGUAUGGAGCUGGUCCACAGUUCCAAGGCCAGGACGAAAACCACAUUGCUCCUCCUCAAUCUGAGAUUCAACUAUCGAUUGGACCCUCCUCUCCAGUACCUUGGAGUAGACCUUUCCAGGGAGGCUGAGGAGUGUGAUCCCCCUAUAGUUGGAACACACCCUCCGGUCACCCUUCUUAAAGAUGGGGACCACCACCCAGGUCUGCCACUCCACAGGAACUUGCCCCCGAUGACCAUGCAAUGUUGCAGAGACGUGUCAACCACGACAGCCCUACCACAUCCACAGCCUUGAGAUACCCAGGACGAAUCUCAUCCACCCCCGGGGGCUCCACCGCUGUGCAGUUGUUUGACUACUUCAGCAACUUCUGCCCCAGAGAUUGGACAGUCCAUCCCCAGGUCUCCCGGCUCUGGCUCCUCCUCGGAAUGUGCAUAACACCACUCGAGUUCAGAUCAGGCGGGCCGUUCCCCCCAAUCACACCCCUCCAGGUCAUGCUGUCAUUGCCCACGUGAGCAUUGAAGUCCCCCAGCAGGACAAUGGAGUCCCCUGAUGGAGCACUAUCUAGCACUCAUCCCAGGGACUCCAAAAAGGGUGGGUAAUCUGAACUGAUAUUUGGCCUAUAAGCGCAAACAACAGUCAGGACUCGUUCCCCGAACCGAAGGCGGAGGGAAGCUACCCUCUCGUCCCCCGGGGUAAACCCCAACACACAGGCAGAGAGUCUUGGGGCUAACAAAAAGCCAACCCCAGCCCUCCGCCUCUCACCCGGAGCAACUCCAGCAAAGGAGAGCGUCCAACCCCUCUCAAGGACUUGGGUUCCAGAGCCAAUGCCAUGUGUCGAGGUGAGUCAGACUAUAUCUAGCCGGUACCGCUCAACCUCUGCCACAAGCUCCUGCUCCUUACCCGCCAGCGAGGUGACGUUCCAUGUCCCAAUAACCAGUUUCCUUGUCCGGGGAUCGGACCGCCAAGGCUCCCGCCUUGGUCUGCCACCCGAUGCACACUGAACUGGACCCUUCAUGUUCCUCCUGUGGGUGGUGGGUCCACAGUUGGAUUAGCCCAUGUAUCCGGUUCGGGCUGGGCCUGGCCGGGCCCCAUGGGCGAAAGCCCGGCCACCAGGUACUCGCUCACGGGCCCCAACCCCAGGCCUGGCUCCAGGGUGGGACCCCGGUAACCCACCGGGCCGGGUACUCCGACUCUUUGUUUUUAUGUCCAUGAAAGAUUUUCUGAACUGUUCUUUGUCUCACCCUUCACCUAAGACCCACUUGUCAUGGGAGACCCUACCAGGGGCACAAAGUGCCUCAGACAACAUAGCUCCUAGGAUCAAUAGGGCACUCAAACUCCUCCACCACGAUAAGGUGACGGUUCAAGGAGGUGUCUAUUUUCUAUCAGAAGCUAACACAGGAGAUAGGUGUAGGAGACCAUUUUCAUGUUCAGCGUGCAUGAAAAACUCAGAGUGACUGAUUAUAAUCACAAAUUACAAUAAAAACAUUGUUUUUCAGUCAACCACACCUUUAUUCUAUAACAAUAAUUAAGUUUGCUUAGAGCAGAAAGAAGAAAUAUAUGAAGACUGAAGAUGGCAGCAGAAAUACAGAGCAACUGAAAUCAGUUGUGACUGUCAGAGCUUUUAUUUGUUAAUAGGUUUGGUCCUUUUGGGGGGUCUUGUGUUUUAUUUACAUUGAACUGAUUCUUAAAGUCUUUAAUCCAUAUAUAAUGCUACAAUUUAACUAAUAUUCAGUUUUGAACAAAUCAAAGAGGUGUAACUGGUAGGCCAAGCCAACUGUGUGUGGGGCUUGUUUUUAUAUUAUCACUGUUUUAGUUAUGAUCAAAAAAUAACUACAUUUUUUUAACAAAGAUUUUCCAAAACCAAAAUUGCUUUCACUGGUUACUUCAAUCCACUUACACCCCAAAACAAGUUUCUAUUGAAUCCUCCAACAAUAGAAAAACAAGAAAAUCAUGAGACAUUAAUGUGUUUAUAUGUAAACUACUCACUAAUCAAGCCAGCUACAUUUCCCUACAGUUCCAACCUGUUCCCAGGUAAAAAAGAAUCCAUAUCUUGAUAGAGUUUCAUGGGAUAGUUCAGGUCUUUUAAAUUAGAUUUGGGUGUAGUUUUGAGAUUGGAAUUGCUUUAAGCCACCACGCAACUGCUUGAUCAGAACUAAUGUUUAUUUUUACAAAAUGAAGCCAUUCCAAGAGCUUUCUACAACAGGUAAGAUGUUGACUGUUCAUAUUUUCACAGAAACUCAUUUCAAAAGAUCCGAGCUGCAAUUUAAAAGUCAUUUAAACUGUUUAACGAGCUGCAUUUUAAUAUUUUAUUUCAGUGUUUAACAUUUUUUGAGAUUCAUGAAAAGAUCUUAAUAAAAUGAUCACUGACCUGCACUUGUACAGCGUUUUUUCAGAGUCAGAGGACUCCAAAGUGCUGUACUACAGUGAACCAUUCAUCCAUUCACACUCUGGUGAUGAUGAGCUACAUGGCAGACACAGCUGCCCAGGGGCGCACUGACAGAGGCAAGGCUGCCAAGCACAAGUGCCACCGGUCCCCAAGACCACAACCAGCAGGCAAGAUGGUGUCCAUCACUCUUUGUGAAGAAAUGGAGACGUAUUGUGAAGAGAAGAAGGACCCAGCAGAAGACAUUACCAAGCCUGAGGUAAGAGAAACCGUUUCUGAACAUGCUGGCAGCGAUUCUCUGACUGAGCGGCCGUGUGGGCCUGUGGAGGAAGGUGAGAAACCCUGUGGGAAAGAGCAGGCUGAAACUGGAGGCUGCGCUGAGAGAAGUAGGACCACUGAGGUAAAAAGCUCAACUCAUUCCAAGGAGGAGAGGAAAGAGACAGAAUGCAAGGAACGCAGAAAGCUGAGGAAAACAAACAGCUGGAAGAUGGUUCGAUUUCAAGACCCCUCAACAGAGGAUGAUGUGUUGGAGUGGGACAGCUCGGCCGAGAUUCUCUUCCCAGAAUAUGCUGUAGAGGAGUGGACGUAUACUCCCUUUGAGGAGCUGUUCACAGCUGAGAACUGGGAGAACAUCACAGAGGACCGGCUUUUGAGGAAGAAAGUGCUGCAAAAUGGGGAUUCACAAGUCCUUCAUCCCGUUUGGGGUCAGGAGGUCACUGUGAAGAUGCAGGGUGUUCUUGAGGACCGAACCGUAGUGGAGAAGGACUGCAAGCUUGUGUUUGUGAUUGGAGAGGGGGAUGUGAUUCAGGCUUUAGAGGAGUGUGUCAUGUCCAUGAAGAAGGGCGAGAUCGCAUUACUGCUGGCAGAUUCCCAGUACGGCUACGGACUUCUAGGAAGAGAGCCUGACAUCCCUGCCUGGGCUCCUGUACUCUACCAGCUGCAGCUGCUGGACACCAGAGAGAAACCAGACCCGUUGACUCUGCCCAUCGCCGACCGCAUUCGCAUCGGCAACCAGAAGCGAGAGCGUGGAAACUUUCACUUCCAGAGGGAGGAGUACAGCCUGGCUGCCAAAGCGUAUUGUGUGGCCCUGGAGGUGUUAACCACACGUGGCACAGAUGGCAGCGAUGCUGGCAUGAAGGCAGAAGAGGAAGAGGUGCAGGAAUACCGGGUGAAGUGUUUAAACAACCUGGCCACCACUCAGAUCAAGCUGGAGCAGUUCGACGAGGCGCUGAAGACCAGCCGGGACGUCUUGACCCUCGAAUCAAACAACGUCAAGGCCCUCUUCAGGACGGGAAAGCUGCUGUCAGAUAAGGGAGAAUACAAAGAGGCCAUGGAGGUGCUGAAAAAGGCCCUGAAACUAGAGCCUACCACCAAGGCAAUCCAUGCAGAGUUAUCCAAACUUGUCCAAAGGCAAUCGGGAGGCAAUGACACCCAGCAAUUUCAAGCCAAACCAGCAGAGAUGCUUGGAGAAAACAUUGCUCCUUUCCUGAUUCCUUCCAGGAAAAAAACAUCUGGAGUUUCCUGGAAGUUCAUAUUGGGAGCUCUGGCGGUGGCCUUGUGCAGCUUAGUGACCUCAUUGAUUCUGACUGCAAAAAACUGAAAUCCCCUACAGGAAGGAAAUCCCAUCCUGAUGUGAAGGAGCAAUUUGGUCUCAAGUCGUCAGGUUUCCA